AUGCUCUGCCGAAUACCAAAGAUUUCACCUAGAAAAGCAUGUAGAACGGCACUAUUUCACGCAUCUACGUCUUCGAAUGCGAAGUUCGCGACAACACUUUCAAAAAGUUUCUCUCCAAAAACCAAAAAGUCGGGCACGAUUGAAGUUACUUCUCGAGCUUCACUUGCGCGUGACGAUGCCCCUCAUAAAGGAAUAAGUCCUGUUGUGGAGCGGGGUCGUCGACCUGUGGUUUUGAGGGCAAGGGAGUCUGUGCAAUCACCUCGUAACAUCAAGGAUACGCCCAGCAGUCGAACUGUGAAGGCCGCGGAAGAGAGGCGACGACAUACCGCUCAAAGCGUGGAUGCAGAGGCCAUCCAAGGCAGCACGGCACGGCCAUUGUUUUCAUCAACCAGGCGCGACUACCGCUCCGACACUCGUUCCAACAAGAAUUACGAAGAGAUGCAAGACUCAGGCGAAUUCUAUCGCCCUCCUAGCCUUAUUUCAACCUCUUCUCCCACAAAAGGCAAAUCUAAAGCCGUUGUUUCUGAACGCGAACUCCCAACUUCAUUUACCUCACCAGCUCUUCUUCCGGGAAUUGUUUCGUCGCUGAAGGAAAUGCUCGGUCCGGACGCCAAACCCACCCCCAUUCAGUCUCUCAGCAUGAAGUGGCUUCUCGAGUCUAAUGAUGGGGCUGGCUGGCGGCAGGUUCUGCUCGCAGCGGAGACAGGUUCAGGAAAGUCUAUCGCCUAUCUGCUUCCUGUCUUGCAAAACAUCAAGCUCACCGAACUGUUGUCGAAAGAUCAACCUCCAACCUCCUCAACACGGCCGUACAACCCUCGUGGACUCAUCCUCGCACCAACACAUGAAUUGUCGCGGCAGCUGUCAGGUUUCGCGAAGUCGCUGCUGCACGAGACGAAGUUGAGGGUGAUGUGCGCAAGCCAAUCGAACGUGAAGAAUACGAAGAAACAGAAGGAUGCUACGUCGAGCAAGAUGGCAUCCAUGUUCUGGGACGUUCAUGGUUCCACAGGCGAAUUUCAGGUGUCAAAAUCGAGCCAUCCUGUAGAUCUGCUGGUCGGAACGCCAAUGAAGGUGUUGGAGAUGGUGCGCGGACGAGGCUGGGACAGGAGGGAGGAACAAGAAGGAGAGGAAGAUAUCGGGGAGAAUCAAGAAAAUCAGAAGAAACUUCGUCGUGGGCGAGACAAGAUGCCUGGGAUUGGAAAAUGGAGGAGCAAACCCGAACUUGGACUGGCAAACGUUGAGUGGGUUGUGGUUGAUGAAGUCGAUGUUCUCUUUGACCCAGACUUCCAGGAGACCACUCGCACUCUACUUGCCGACAUUAGCGAAGCCCGCGGUGCACCCGCACCUCUGGUUUCCGCAUCGUCUCUCCGAUCGCCCUCCUCGACGAACACAACACCCGCAACACCUGAACCCAUCAAUUACCCCUUCAAUCUCCUCCUCACGAGCGCCACCAUCCCGAAUUCACUUAACGCCUACCUCGAGAAGCACCACCCCUCGAUUUUCGCCGACAUCCUCCACCGCAUCCGCCGCAUCUGGGCUGAAGACUCCGCUGGCGAGAGCGGGUCGUUGUCAAAAGUGCUUAUCUUUUGCAACAAGAGCACAAAGGUUGUCGAGCUUAGUGCGUACUUCACCGAACUGGGCAUCAAGAGCGUGGCGAUGACAAGCCAGAGCGAGCAUCGCGGGCGUGGGUCGAACAAGCACCUCGACGGCUUCCUGCGCUCACGAGCCGCGGAUGAAGCCUCUACGGGUGACGUCAAGAAUGAGGCGCACGUUAUGGUCACCACGUCGCUCCUGUCGCGCGGUCUCGACUUCACCCCAGAGAUCAAGCAUGUCUUCAUUGUGGACGAGCCACGGAACAUGAUUGACUUUUUGCACCGUGCUGGGAGGUCAGGUCGGGCUGGACAGCCGGGGAAGGUGGUCAUCUUUGGUAAGAUGAAGGGGCGCGGAAGCGAUAGAGUGAGAGAGGUUAGGAAGAGGGUUGGUGCCCUUGCUGCGUAG